CCCGACUCAUCCGCCUUUUCACUGUAGUCUGGCUUCAGUACAAAUUAGAUAAUGAUUCUCAAUGGCCACCCAAGGGGUCUUUACAAUACCAAAUCUUAACCGAUCUGGACAAUUUCUGCCAUCGGCUGGGAAAAUGGGAAGAAAUACCCUACGUCAUGGCCUUUUGGGACCUCAGGUCUCGCCCCAACCUAUGUUCCUCCUGCCCCCCUGCAUGCAUGCUCCUUGCCCUCCCACAACCCCCCAAUGACCCCACCUCACCAACUUCCCCGAUCUCCAACCGUUAGAGGAUCUAGCCAUGCCGCCCAACGGCCCUUGCCCCCCUCCAUACUCCCAACCCCCAGCCGUCCUGCCCUCGCCUCCCAUAUCAUCCCAAACUCGUGCUCAGGCCCCUCCCAGCGAACAGACCCCAGCAGCCAUCUUACCUCUCCAUGGUGGCAGGACCUGAAGGUCUGGUUCGCGUUCACGUCCCCUUCUCCCUCCAAGACUUAUCUGCCAUUGAAAAGCGGCUAGGGUCAUUCUCGGCUGACCCCACCCAAUACAUUAAAGAAUUCCAAUACCUUGCCCAAGCCUACAGUCUCACAUGGCAUGACAUCCAUGUAAUCCUCACCUCUACCCUCACCCCUGAGGAGAGGGAGUGCAUCCAGGCCGCAGCCAGAGAACAUGCAGACCAAACCCACAUGACCAACCCCACUAUGCCUGUAGGGGCCAAUGCUGUCCCAGCAGCCGACCCCAAUUGGAACUACCAACACGCAGGCAAUGGUCACCGGCACCGGGACCAGAUGAUCCUGUGCCUACUAGUAGGCAUGAGGGCAACCUCAAACAAAUCAGUAAAUUUUAACAAACUUCAAGAAAUAAUACAGGACCCCAAUGAAAACCCCACAGCCUUCCUUAGCCGGCUCACAGAGGCACUUACCCAGUAUACCAGACUAGAGCCUACCACCCCUGCCGGGGCCACAGUAUUGGCCACCUAUUUUAUUUCCCAAUCAGCCCCUGAUAUUAAAAAAAAACUAAAAAAGGCCGAAGAUGGUCCUCAAACCCCUAUGGCCGACCUGGUAAAGAUGGCUUUUAAAGUUUUUAAUGGCUAAGAGGAAGCUCAAGAAAAACGGCGACAGGCCCAUCUCCAACAAAAGGUACAAUUACAGACCCAAGCCUUGGUAGCUGCCCUGAGGCCAGUCACAAUAAAGCCCUCUGGACCAUGGCCCCCUCUGGGGCCUUGCUUUAAAUGUGGCCAAGAAGGCCAUUGGUCUCAUCAGUGUCCCCAUCCCAAAAGCCUACCAGUCCAUGACCAUUGUGCCAACAAAUGGGCCAUUGGAAAUCCGAUUGUUCUAACCCAAGGAAUGACAGACUUGCGACGCCUCCAUGUGGAGAGGCUUCACCCCGAUUGGACUCUGCCUUCCAUCUGCUGGAGAUGGAGGAUGACGACUGACGAGGCCAAGACUCAGUAACUCCAGUGACUCAUGUUGAGCCCAGGGUAAAACUCCAGGUAGCAGGCAAUUCAUGCCAGAUGAAAGGCUAUUUUGUAGCAGAGACAACCCUUGUCUGCUUGCUGUGAAGUAUGUGGCAUUCUAGCAGCCUCUUGUACUAAGUAGUGCUAAAUCUUUGGUAAUGCUUUUAAUCUCUAUGGGCCAGAGUCCUCACAUGGAAAAUGCUUUGUACAGUUUAUUUCAGCUUGAAAAAUUCCUAUGAUGCCUCCAGAAUAAAUAAAUAACCAAAUUAGAAAAUAAAAGAGUGAAUUUAAAAAUGCAUGUAGAUUAAGAAAAACUAUAUAGUUAGGGUGCCUGGUGGCUCAGUCAGUUAAGUCUGCCUCUUGGUUUUGGCUCUGGUCAUGAUCUCCUGGUUUGUGAGUUCGAGCCCUGCAUUGGGCUCUGUGCUGACAGUGUGGAGUCUGCUUGGGAUUCUCUUUCCCUCUCUCUUUGCCCCUCCCCUGCUCUCGCUCUCUCUUUCUCUCAAAAUAAAUAAAUAAAUACAAGAAAAACUAUAUAGUUUAUAUUUAAUAGGGAAUUCUAAGACAUUUAUUUAUUAAUUUGUAAAGUUGAAAUUAGAAAAGGGCUAAAUUUAAAGAGUGCCUAAAAUCAGCAAUAAUUAUUACAAAUGUAGACUCUAAAUAAAUAUAACUCUGGGAGCAUUUGGGAGGGAAAAAGUUAGAAACAUUUUUAAGAGAUAAGAUUAAACAUAUGACAAAUACCUUUGAUAGACCAACAGAAAUUCACUUUACUUUUAUUAUACUCUUUACUUUUAUUAUACUUUACUUUUAUUAUAUUCUUACCUGAUUUUUUGAAUACUUUUUAUUUUUGUCAAACAUGAGAACACUAUGCCCACCGUUUUGCACCACACUUUUAUCACUACAAAAUAUGCCUUGGAAAUAAUUCCUUAGCACAUCCUACCACUUCCUUUAGACAGCUGAAUGGUACUCCGUCCUAUCAAUCUGUAAUCAGUUUUUUGUCGGUUCCAUAUUUAUAAACUUGAUAUCGUUUCCAGUCUUUUAAUAUCAUAAACAAUGCUGCAAGUAAUAUACUAUCACAAAUAUUUUCCUCAUCUGUGUGAAUAUAACUGUAAGAAAAAUUCCUAUAUCCAAAAGACAGAAUACAUAAA